AUGCCGUCCGCUGUCGCGAGCCACUCGCACCGGGCGACGACCAAGGUCAAUAACAAGGCCUUCAAGUCCCGGAAGGCAACCAAGGGGGCUAUGAGAGAUCAGUUGAAGGGCAAAGUACCAAACGAGCGCAGAAAGACACCUCACCAGCAAGUCAUGUCCAAACUCGACCGACGAAACCAGGCCAAGCAGAAGCAGGCCCAGAAGCACAAAGCUCACCAGCAGGAGACCGUGGUCUUCGCUGGCAAGGACGGGGCUCCCCGAAAUGUCGCUGUCAUUCCUCUCUGCCCAGACGGCGAUUCCACUGCUGCCGUCCGGGCCUUGAAUCAGAGUCUCGACAUCGACCAGGAAAUCACAACUGGCACCGCUCGAGUGCCUGUCGAUAGAUUCAAGCAAAAGCUGCAAUACGUCGCCCUGCCGCGGGAUCUCACAGCCUGCUUGGAUGCCGCCAGGGUCGCUGACUUCGUGGUGCUCGUUCUGUCCGCAGAUGUCGAUGUAGACGACCUCGGCGAGCUCAUCCUUCGGAGCGUUGAGAGCCAAGGUCUGUCAACUUUGUUUACCGUCGUCCAGGGCCUGAAUAAGACGGAGACUGCAAAACAAAAGAACUUGGUUCUCGAUUCUCUGCGGUCAUACAUCACACAUUUCCACCCGGAGCAGCACAAGAUUUACAACCUCGACAACAGGCAGGAAUGCUCAAAUUUGAUGAGAUCCCUCUGCAAUUCGACACCGAAGGGUAUCAAAUGGCGGGAUGAGCGAAGUUGGAUGCUGGUGGAGGAUGUCAAGUUUGCAGACUCGGAAGAGACCUCGACCAUUGUCACAGGUGUUGUGAGGGGCAGAGGGCUACAGGCAGACCGACUUGUGCAAGUGGGCGACUGGGGAUCGUUCAAGAUCGAGAAGAUCACCGCUGCACCGCUGUCAAAGAGAGGCAAGAAGUCGGACGAGGGCAUGAAUGUGGACGACCAUACAGAGGAACCGCUCGCCGUUCCUACCGAAGACCAAGACGACCUGAAUGACCUGGCACCAGAGGUUGCGACCAUGCGUGAUGCAGAUGAUGAUAUUGACUUGGAUGAUGCCACGUCCGUGGCGCCGUCAACGAAGAAGGGAGUGUUGCUGGACGACCAUCACUACUUUUCUGAAGACGAGGACAACCUUCAAGUAGAACAGUUGAGGGUACCUAAGGGCACCUCAAAAUACCAGUCGGCUUGGUAUCUGGAGGACAAUGCGUCUGACGACGGCUCUGACAUGACCGACAUGGACAUGGCCGAGGAUGAAGCAUCUGAGGCCUCUGCAGCACCAGAAGAUGGCAUGGAGGGAAUUGUCGCAGAUCGCAUGACCGAGGCUGGGCCGUCGGAAUACCCACAGUCAGAGAAGUUUGAGGAACUCGAUGAGAACGAUGACGCUGCGCAACUGGCUCAGUACAGGUCAAAGAAGAAGAGCGAAGCUGAAGAGGAUCUGGAGUUUCCUGACGAAAUCGAACUACACCCCAAUGUCCUCGCACGCGAGCGGCUGGCGCGAUAUCGUGGGCUGAAGAGUCUGCGAGAAAGCCCUUGGGAACAGGAUGAGGAUCGAGCUUACGAACCUGAGGAAUGGCGCCGACUUCUGCAAGUUCAGAACUACCAAGCUUCUCGAAACAGCGCACGUAAUGAGGCCCUUGUGGGAGGUGUGCAGCCUGGCACUCGGGUUCAUGUUCACAUCAAAGGAAUACCUGCAGAGGCCAGAGCGACGUAUCACCCAGACAAGCCUUUGACUCUGUUCUCACUAUUGAGACACGAGCACAAGCGGACGGCGGUCAAUAUGCUCAUCAACUUGAGCUCGGACUAUUCUAGGUCCAUCAAGUCGAAAGAGGAGAUCAUCAUGCAGUGUGGUCCUCGGAGAAUUGUCAUCAAUCCUCUCUUCUCGCAGAGCGGCAACACCCCUAAUGACGUGCACAAGUAUUGUCGCUACUUGCACCCAGGUCAAUCUGCUGUGGCGACCUUCAUGGGUCCUGUUACCUGGGGCGCCGUGCCAGCGCUCUUCUACAGAAGAUCAAAACCGGGUGAGGAGAAGGGCGAGGACGAGCCUGACUUGCCUCUAACGUUGAUUGGCACGGGUACUGCCAUGGGCCCAUCUACCAACCGAGUUAUCGCUAAACGCGUAAUCUUGACUGGUCACCCGUACCACAUCCACAAGAGGAUUGUGACCAUUCGAUACAUGUUCUUCAACAGGGAAGACGUCGAAUGGUUCAAGGCGCUACCCUUAUGGACCAAGAGAGGAAGAAGCGGCUACGUCAAGGAGGCGCUGGGAACUCACGGGUACUUCAAGGCGACCUUCGACGCACACAUCAACCCUCAAGACACAAUUGGCGUCAGUCUUUACAAGAGGGUCUGGCCUCGCAAUGCGACGCCAUUGCAAGGUUCGCUGCUGGAAUCUUCAGAAGAGGCUCCGGAGCUUGUCGAGGUCAUGGAGGAAUAG